UUUCUUGACGAAGGUACCGGAAAGAACUGUUUCUUUCUAGGAGCUGCAAACAUUCUAAUGUCGUCGAGACACGAUGGAGACGACCUUGUAAUCGAAACGAAAUCUCAUCCAAAAUCCAGAUUCACGGAGGUGGUUGAGCUAAAAGCUUCAAAAACAAUCGACAUCCAAGGGAGGAUAAAAACAAGAAUGUUGUCCCCGAAAACUAUUUAUACCGCGUAUCUUGUGUUUGGAUUCAUCGUGAAGGAUGAAGGAAAACUGUCGGCAAAUUCAAUCAUCAGAAGUUUUCGUGGCGGAGGUAUUGAUUAUGAUUUAAUGUUGAAAGCUCGUUUAGUUGGCGAUGGUCGCAUGGUUGACUUUGAUCAAGAAGGAUGUGAUGAUAGUAGAGGAGAUGACUGGAUGGAAGUAGCACUUGGAAAAUUCUAUGUAAGUGUAGGAGACGAUGAAGAAGUAGUCGUGCAAGUUUUGAAUUUAAGUGAUAGCGGCACGAGUGGUGUCGUUGUCGAAGGUAUUGAGUUUCGACCUAUGAGAGAAAAGGGUUGAAGGAAUUCCCGAUAAACACAUCUUCUUAAUUAGGUAUAUUGGAUACGUUUUUUUUUCUUUUU